AUGAAUUACCAAGAGAUUGGCAACCACACCAAGGUGACUGAGUUCAUUCUUGUGGGUCUGUCCCAUCAGCCGUCAUCUCAGAUUGCCCUCUUCUGGACACUGUUGUUUGUCUACGUAGUGACACUGCUUGGGAACAGCGCCAUCAUAGUUGCAGUGUGGGGUGAGUCUCAGCUUCAUACACCCAUGUAUUUCUUCCUCAGUAAUUUAUCCUUCCUGGAUCUUCUCUUCUCCACAAGCACAGUCCCCCUCAUCAUGAUGAAUGCCUUAUGGGAUUUCCCUACCAUCUCCUACAAUGACUGCUUUACCCAGCUUACCUUCAGAGCCUUCUUGGCACUGACUGAGUGCUUCCUCCUUGCCAUCAUGGCAUAUGACCGCUUUGUGGCAAUCUCAAUGCCCCUGCAUUAUUCUGUGGUCAUGAGCAUUAGAAUCUGCAGGGGACUGGCCUUAGCUUCCUGGACAGUGGCGCUCUUGGUCACUGUAAUUCCAAUUUUGACAGUGCCUGUGAGUUUCUGUGGGAGAAACGCUAUUAACCACUUCUCCUGUGAAGUCCAAGCCAUCUUCAAAUUGCUCUGCUCAGACACCACCUUGCUGGAGGGUCUGAUGAUGGCUUCUGCCACCAUCUCCAUGCCAGUACCUUUGGCUUUCAUCUUGGCCUCCUACCUGCACAUUCUUGUCACAGUCCUCAGAAUUCACGCCACAAAGGCUAGGCUCAAAGCCAUUUCCACCUGUGGCUCCCACUUGACCACAGUUGCCAUCUACUUUGGGACACUCAUCUAUAUUUAUUUGAAGCCUCAGAAUAAAGAAUGUCAAGAUCAAGACAAAAUCUUCUCCAUAUUUUAUGCAGCUGUGACCCCCAUGUUAAAUCCCCUUAUUUACACCUUAAGAAACAAAGACAUGAAAUCUGCCCUCAGGAAAGUCACCUUAAGGACAAAAUCUUGGUGUAGAUUUCAUGAUGAUGCCCUCCAGUGGACAGGCUAA